AUGAAAAGUUGUUAUCAUGAGAUUAAAGAGAGCAAGACACUCAAAAGAACAUCAAAAGUUACAAAUUCUUUAGAUUUAAUUUCUACCUGUCGUUAUAAAACUUUGUUAAAUAAAGCUUCGCUUUUCCAAGACUGUGGAAAAGUUUGUUGUUUAUUGCAUUUUAAUGCAAGAGCGAUAACUUCUCCUGGUUGGGAAAUGAAGGAUAAUUUAUAG